CUCUCUCUCUCUCUCUCUCUCUCUCUCUCUCUCUCUAUCGAGGCCUACCGUGCGACACGACACCUCGCUUCCCUUAGAUUUUCGUCUUCCUAGAUUGAACGGAAAUACCACGCGUGCGCAACUGAGACUCAUAACACGCGACGAUGUAUGUGACUCGAGUUAUUGUCUAUUCAGGUAUCAAAAAUUCCUCGUAUCACGGCAAAGACGGCAAUCUGUGCGUGGAGUUCACACCCUAUCACACGGAGCUGGCGAGCGUAUACCUGAAAGCUGGCCAAGAACUCGGCUACGACGUCGUGGAUUACAACGGCGAGAAUCAAAUAGGUUUCUCGUACAUUCAAGUGAACAUGGACCGAGGAGUGCGUUGCAGCGCGGCCAGAGCUUACCUCGACUCGAUCAAUCGCGAGAACUUGAACAUCGUCACCGGCGCUAGGGUGACGAAAGUGCUGAUCGACGGCAACAAACGUGCCUACGGCGUCGAGUAUAUUCAGGACGCCACUUUGAAGCGAGUGUUCUGCAAGAAGGAGGUCGUUCUCUCAGCCGGUACGAUCGACUCGGCUAAAUUGCUGAUGCUUUCGGGAAUCGGGCCCAAGGACCACUUGGAGGACCUGGGUAUUCCGGUGAUACAGGACUCCAAGGUCGGCUACAAUAUGUACGAGCACAUCGGUUUUUUGGGCUUGACCUUCCUGGUGAACCAGACUGUGUCUCUGCUGCAGAGCAAGAUCACUCCCAGCGCAGUGCUGGAAUAUUUGCUAUUCAGAAACGGUUUAAUGACAAUACCGGGUGGCGCCGAGGCGAUAGCAUUUAUUAAGACCAAAUAUGCUGUCGACGAGAAACCAGACGUCGAACUUUUGUUCGUAUCCGGUUCCAUACAUUCGGACGACGGCCUGGUCCUGAAGGAGGCUUUGAGAAUCACGGACGACGUGUACAACGCAAUUUUUAAACCCAUCCAAGGUCGAGAAGCCUGGUCGGUCUGGCCUAUCGUCCAAUCCCCCAGAAGCGUCGGCCGUUUAACGUUACAAUCGAAAAAUCCACUCGAACCGCCCAAGAUGGAACCGAAUUUUUUCAAUCAUCCGGCUGACCUCGAGAUUAUCUUGGAGGGAGUGAAACACGCCAUCAAUAUAUCCAAGACCGAGGCCUUUCGUGCUUACGACAGCCGACUGAACGAUCUUACGAUACCGACCUGCCGACAGUUCGAGUUCGCUACCGACGACUAUUGGAGAUGCGCCAUCAAGCAUCUGCCGUCUAUGAUGAAUCACGAAGUGGGAACAGUGAAAAUGGGGCCAUCGACGGACGCUUAUGCCGUUGUGGACCCGCAGCUGAGGGUCUACGGCAUUCAAAAUCUGCGAGUGGCAGACGCCUCGGUCAUGCCCACGAUGCCCGUCGGUCACGUAAACGCAGGUAUUUACAUGAUCGGAGAAAAAGCUUCGGAUUUGAUCAAAACGGCUUGGGAGAGCGCGAAAUAAGACUGCGCGCCGAUAACGCAAAGAAGCAGGGAGAACCUGAUAAAGUAAAGUAAGAAACGCUGUUUACUAAAUAAUUAUCAGCUAAAAACAAGUCGUUCCAUUGUGAAAGGACUUUCGGAAUUCCAACGAUCAUGACGAAGAACUUGACGCCGUCCUCUUGGUGCGUGAAACACGCAAUGAUAUGUUGUAAUAGCUAACGGUUAUGUCAUUAAUUUCUUUUUUUGUGGGAUCGUCGAAGUAGAAAAGAGGCGCGCCUAGGUGUGACAUACGUACGUUCGGUCGUGCAGAUCCCCACCCGAUGUAUAUAUAAGCAUCGACGAAUAAGUGGAUAGCGCGAAACCUUGAAUUUUUAAUGUGAAGGUUCAAAGCAUGUUAUCGAAAGUCAAACGAUGAACCUGUAUUGGGACAACCGUAUGAAUAUAUAAUGACAUAGUGAUCUUGACAUUUUCUGUAAAUAUUAGGGCUUUCCUUAAAUGUCAAAGCAAUAUAUUUGUCAUAGAAGUAGCCUCGUCUUUUUAAUAUUUAGAAAGAAAUUCGCGUGAUCGGAAAAUAUUCAACCUUGUAUUGAAUAUGAGGCUAUCAUGCCGGUCUGCAUGUGUUUACGAAUCUAGAAUUAUUCUUGUGCAAUUUGUGCUCUCGAUGUCAACAAGACAAUCAUUUCUCAAUGUCAGGCUGCAAAAAGACUAUUCAAGAAAACCCAAUAUCUGAAACUUGCAAUUGUAAGCAAAUGAUAUUUCUUUCCUUUUUCUGUCUCUAUUUUGCUCUGUUCUUCUCUUUUUUGCAAAAAAUUUGUAUAGUAGAUUCCUUAAAACAUAUAAUUAGCAUCAAAGUAGCAUUAAGUUAUUGCUCACGUGCUGAUAUACCUAAUAUGAAUAAUAUGAAUAAUGAAUAAUACGAAUAAUGAAUAAUAAGAUAUCAUGAACAUGGUACAAUAAUUGCUAUCCAAGGAUAUUUAUUCCACACGACCGACUGUAUCGAUUGUCCCGACGUCAUUGAUACAUUUUUCUAAUCGCAAAUUGUACGUGUUUUUAUACUUAUAUAUAUUAUUUGUUACAUACGACGCAUUAUCAGACGAUAAUAGACUGAUGGGAGAAAUGAUGGGAGAAGCGAUUAAGAGUAAGCAGAAUACUACGAAUGCAUCGUUCAAUAAUGGAUCAUGUUGCCUGCCAACGAUACGUUAAGUUGUGACGUAAAUGGGGGAUAUGAGUCAUAGCGUAUUUUUCCAGCGAAACUAACGUAAGGCCAAUAACGAACUAGAAAUUCUAUGGGAGAUUUUUUGCUACAGUUUUUUAAGGAAGCUAAAAAUCGAAUCUUGCAAAAAUCUCACGUCGUCUUCAACGCAUAUCGCGUAUAUAAUAAAAUGAAACAUGUUCCUUUUAAAGAUUAAUUAUUGUUUAAAAAAACUAUCUAAAAUGUAUAAUUGUAAAAUACACACUAGAUUUUACAUGUUACACUCCAUUAUAAAAUUCCAUUAUAAAAAGAUCAAUCAAAAUUGUUAGUGGAGAGAAAUAAUGUGAGUUCUAAUGCUGCAUUAUUUUAUGGUAAUUUCAAACAUCUUGAACAAAUGUAAUUUAUGAUUUCAGUGAUAAUCAUUGACUUGAACUAAUUUCUUGUAUACAUAGUAACUCAGUAAUACUAGAUUGACACCGGUGUAAACAAUGUUACAUAUUCAUUAUUUCUCAGAUAUACAGUGUUUCGUAACUGGUAGUACAAACAGGAAAAGGCUAGUUCUGCAUGACAAAAUAAAUUGAGAAUGCAGAAUGAAGUAUUUUUGUUUUUUAUUUUUGAGAAAAUUAACAUUUAAAAUUCACUGGGUACACGUAGUUCUGAAUCACCACCAGUUAUAGCACAUCUUGUAUA